GUAAGCAAAGGUCGUUUCCUUGAUAUCCUGCGUGGUGGAAAUCGCAGAAUCCGCAGAAUUCAAAACAGGCGAAUGAAUUCAAGAAUUCGUCCAAAUUGAAAGCUGCCAGGAUUGUCACUGAUCAUUGAAUCAUUCAACAAAUAGAACAACCUCAAACAGGCCAUACGAUGAUCCGCUUUAUCCUGAUUCAGAACCGCGCAGGGAAAACAAGGCUGGCCAAGUGGUACAUGCAGUUUGACGAUGACGAGAAACAGAAGCUGAUCGAGGAGGUGCACGCCGUGGUGACCGUGCGCGAUGCCAAGCACACCAACUUCGUGGAGUUCAGAAACUUUAAGAUCAUCUACAGACGGUAUGCAGGUCUGUACUUCUGUAUCUGCGUGGACGUGACCGACAACAACCUGGCAUACCUGGAGGCCAUUCACAACUUUGUAGAAGUUUUGAAUGAGUAUUUCCACAAUGUUUGUGAAUUAGACCUGGUGUUCAACUUCUAUAAGGUGUACACAGUGGUGGAUGAGAUGUUCCUGGCGGGCGAGAUCCGGGAGACCAGCCAGACCAAAGUGCUGAAACAGCUGCUAAUGCUGCAGUCGCUGGAGUAGCUCUGGGGAUUCUGACCCCCAGGUGUUUAUCCAGGAUCAGCUCUACUAACCCUGACCCUUACCUCGCCAUUAUGUGUUUGAAGCUGAAACAGGUCUAGGGUCAGCGCUUGGGGUCUGUCUAUCUGCUCUACUGGUGUAGAGCCAUUGGUUUCAAAGGCCUUCUAGAAACACCACCUUCCUUUAACAGUAUGGAGCCAGCUGUUCUUGUUUGAGCACAUUGAAAUAAAAUGGACAAAAUAAGAAAGGAAUCUAUAAGAGCUCCAUUGAGCAAAAAACACAUGCUUUUUUUCGUAAUAUUACAAUCUUUUUUUGUAUUGUGCACUUAUAGUGGGAAUAUUACUUAAGUGCUUUUUUCCUUUCUGUGUCUUCAUGUCCUACCUCUCAGCAGCUCUGCUCUUUAGGGGAUAGACUCAGGCUUGCAUCUCUUUAUAUGACAGUUAAAUGCUUAACAAGCAACACCCCUCUUCUGGUAUGAUAAGAAUAAUUUUAAUAUGCAUCCCAGUUCCUUUCUGCUUCUUAAGAGCUGGAGUCUGGAAGUCCCAUAUUUCAAUGGCACCAUCUGUAUAGUAGCAACGUCACCUCUGCCUUAUAUAUGUCUCUGGCAGAGUAGUGUGAUGGUACAAUCUUGCAGCCAAUGCCUGAAGUUCUCACCCAUAGUGAAGCAAGUUAUCAUUGCUGAGUGUCAUGUGAGGUGGGCUAGAGUCCUAAGGGACGCUGAACUGAGGGCACUCUUUGAAUUGCAGAAGGAUCCAUAGAGGUUCACCAUGUCCAGGGUCAAUGUAGCAAGACAGACUGGCCGCUCGUGGGAUACGUCACCAAAUUUGUAACAGUCUGAAGCCUUCCAAGACAUUAUGUCGUAAUUCAGUUCUCCCAUAAGCUAAGAAAGUUGUAAACCAAGAAUGAGGCUUAAUGAAGCUACACUGUAUUCUUUAAACUAAUGAAAAAAGUAAAAUUAUGUUGCUUCAAACACCUGACAGGAAUUUGAAAUUGGAUUUAAGGGUUAUGUGCAAGGAUCUGUGUGAAUAUUAGUUUAAUUUUAUCCUGAAUGCAAGCAUUUCAUUCAGCACCCCACUUUGUGAAUCGCAGUGCUCACUCAUUAUAAUGAAUAAAAAUACAUAAAGCUAGAUUUCCCUUGCUCACAGAAGCACGUUUGGUUGUACUCCACCACUCACUGGAAAAUAUGUAUUCAUUAUUCAUACUCUGCUAGUUGGGAAUCUUUUAAUUAGCCACAGUUGUCGUAAUAGUCUGAUAACGUAGUUACAAUGUAAAAGAAAUGUGAUAACAUUAUGUGCUACUGCCACAUUAGUGUUGUGCAUGCUGAGUUUAUUGUGCAGUGGAUGUCACAGCAACGCCACCAACCAUUUGUAUGGCAAACUGAAAACAAUGUUUAAAAAUUUCCUUAUUCUUUUUGUCAAAUACAUGGUUAAAAAGUGAUGUAGCCGCCAAUAUUCUUACACUCCCCAACCACUAGUGAUUUUUAUGGAAGAUGUUUGUUUGGUUUGUCAUCUUUAUUGCUUGUAAAUCCAUGUUGACUGAUGCCAUUAAAUUUAUGUUUACA